AUGACUAUCAAGCAACAGCGCGAGAGUCUUCCUGUAUUCAAAUUCCGAAAGCAGCUUCUUGACGCUGUCAAGGACAAUCAAAUCAUGAUUGUGGUCGGAGACACUGGCUCUGGAAAGACUACACAGGUCACGCAGUAUCUUGCUGAGGCUGGGUAUGGAAAUAAUGGCAUAAUUGGUUGCACUCAGCCUCGUCGUGUUGCAGCUAUGUCUGUCGCCAAGCGUGUGGCCGAGGAAGUCGGAUGCAGAUUAGGAGCCGAAGUUGGGUAUACCAUCCGUUUCGAAGAUUGCACAAGCCCCGACACCAAGAUCAAGUACAUGACCGAUGGAAUGCUCCAGAGAGAAAUUCUGCUGGAUCCUGACCUCAAGAGAUAUUCCGUGAUCAUGCUUGAUGAAGCGCACGAGCGCACUAUUGCUACCGAUAUUUUGUUUGGAUUGCUUAAGAAGACGAUCAAACGAAGGCCCGAUCUUCGGUUGAUCGUCACAUCGGCGACAUUGGAUGCUGAAAAGUUUUCUGAGUAUUUCCAUGGCUGCCCUAUCUUUUCUAUCCCUGGACGAACUUUCCCGGUCGAAAUUAUGUAUUCCAAAGAGCCUGAAUCCGAUUAUCUCGACGCUGCUCUUAUCACAGUGAUGCAAAUCCACCUGACAGAAGCUGGAGGUGAUAUUCUUGUGUUCCUAACGGGACAAGAGGAAAUUGAUACAUCGUGCGAAAUAUUAUAUGAACGAAUGAAGGCGCUCGGCCCUUCUGUCCCCGAGCUUAUCAUUCUUCCUGUUUACUCCGCACUCCCAAGUGAGAUGCAAAGCCGAAUUUUUGACCCUGCCCCCCGGGCGCUCGCAAAGUUAUCAUCGCCACCAAUAUCGCAGAGACUUCUAUCACAAUCGACAACAUUUAUUAUGUCAUUGACCCUGGCUUCGUGA